CCUUAGUCAAGCUUUGCGGUCGGUUCAGUGUAGUCGCGUUUGCUCUCUGCUUACUGAGAACUGCAAGUUGCACGCAAAGUACAGCAAGAUCGUCUACUCUAUUUCCGUUUGACAGCUAACGGUUCGCAACGUGCCAUGUAUGUCGUGUGAACUGUUUCAAUUCGAGACGUUGAGGUGAAAAAAGUUUACAAAACAACGUGCGUGCAUGAGUGAACUUUAUCGUGCCCAGACUUGAAAUUCACUUAACUGCCGUGCAGCCAAAGUGUUUGUUUAACGUGUUACCAAAUAGUUGUCGGAAUCGUCACACCGUUAUAUCCGCAGUAGAUAGCCAAGUGAUUGUGUAACCGAGCGACUGUACGCGAAUUGCCUUGAAUCGCGACGUGUGAAGUGUUUUCCCCUGCUGCAAUCUGCAGCCGAUCCAGUUGCAACCGGUGAAAGCCUAUUAACACCUAACACCGGUAGUGUCGUAGGCGUGCACCGAACGGAAAAGCAGCGGCCAAACCAUGGCUGAAGCACAUUCAGCUGUUGCGUUCUCAUUCUCCAUCACUCACGAGGGAUGGCAUCUGAACUAUGACCGGGAGGUGCUGGAUCUGGUGUGGCAGUCCGGUGUCAGAUCGUGGAAGAAGCGGGUGGCGCGGUUUAGGACCGGAGUCCGCAACGGAGUGUACCCUGCACAUCUUCAGAGCCUAUGGUUAGUGAUAGCUGUCGCUAUUGCACUCCAUUUCACACAGCGACAGGUUCCGUUCAACUUAGUCAAUAAAUGUCUAGCGCUUUUACCGGGCGACACAGUGGGCUAUCAGGUGACGGCAUGCGGUCUAGCGGGGCUUUUCUUCUGGCUGUGCAUAUGUUACACAAUGCGAUACUCGUUGAAGCUGCUGCUGAUGUACAAAGGUUGGAUGUACGAAAAGAGGGCACCGGGUAGUAAGGUUUCCCUGCCGACGAGAGUGUGGGCACUUUUUGUCAAGGUAUUAGCAACGUGGAAUAAACCGGGAUUGUACAGCUUCCAGGGUUCCCUUCCCCGGUUGCCAUUACCGAGCGUGAAAGACACCAUGGCAAGGUAUCUGCGUUCCGUUAAACCUCUGCUGGACGACGAUAACUACACACGCAUGGAACGUCUCGCCAAUGAGUUUCAGAAUGGGAUUGCCACUAAACUGCAGCGCUAUUUGCUCUUGAAGAGUUGGUGGUCAACCAACUACGUCUCAGAUUGGUGGGAGGAGUACGUUUAUCUGCGUAGUCGUGGAGCUUUGAUGGUGAACAGCAAUUUUUACGGAAUGGAUGCUAUAUUUACGAAACCGACUACAGUUCGUAGCGCUCGCGCAGCUAAUGUUAUCAAUAUGCUGCUUCAGUUCAGAAGAAUUGUUGAACGACAAGAGCUGGAGCCUAUUCUGGUGCAAGGAUUGGUGCCACUGUGCUCUUGGCAAUACGAACGUAUCUUCAACACUGUGCGUGUUCCCGGAGUCGAAAGUGACAAAAUUGUCCACUACCAGGACUCCAAUCACAUUGUGGUGCUGUUUCGAGGUUGCUACUACAAGGUCGUUAUCUAUCACAACGGUCGCAUUUUACGCCCGUGCGAAAUUCAGAUUCAAAUCGAGGAGAUCUUACACAGCCAUGAUAAACCACAACCUGGGGAGGAACUGCUAGCCUCGCUGACGGCUGGCGAUCGUACCAAGUGGGCUAAAGUUCGCGAAUCGGUGUUUGCCAAGGGUGUCAACAAGACGUCGCUGCAUUUGAUCGAAAGUUCUGCAUUUGUGCUGUCGUUGGACGAGCAACCGUUCGAGUUCGAUAUGGCGCAUCCGGAGAAGUUGGAUCAGUUCGGAAGAAACCUGCUGCACGGAAACGGACAUGAUCGGUGGUUCGACAAGAGUUUCACCGUUUGCAUAGGAAGUAAUGCUAGGGUUGGAUUUAACGCCGAACAUACUUGGGCGGACGCAGCAGUGAUGUCACACAUCUGGGAAAUGUUGAUCAUGGAAGAAGCUCAGCCGCGGGCUGAUGCACCUGUGCUGGCACACGUGUGGGAGAACAUUGUUGCAGAGGAGCAGAUACAAAAACGAUAUGACGAAAACGGAAACACUCUCGGCAUUCCCGAGUUCGAACCACCGAAGCCGAAACGGCUUGCAUUCGAUCUGGACAACAGUGAAGCGCUAGACGCUAUUCAGGAAGCUCAUCUGGCCGCGCAGAAGUUACUAAACGAUGUCGAUCUGCGCAUCUUUGUUCAUGAUGCGUACGGUAAAGGUUUGAUGAAGAAGUGUCGUCUCUCGCCGGACGCUUUUCUACAGAUGGCUUUGCAACUGGCAUACUACCGUGAUGCCGGUAAGUUUUCGCUAACAUACGAAGCAUCGAUGACCCGCCUGUUCCGUGAGGGUCGUACCGAAACUGUCCGCCCCUGUACGAUAGAAUCGGCUGCCUGGGUUAAAGCCAUGGAAGAUCCAAGCUGUAGUGUUCAAGAACGAGUUAAACUGCUGAACGCGGCUUGCGAUCGUCAUCAGCUGGGCUACCAGGACGCAAUGUGUGGCAUGGGUAUCGAUCGACACCUGUUCUGUCUGUAUGUGGUUUCCAAAUAUCUGGAACUGGAUUCACCCUUCCUGAAAGAGGUACUCAGCGAACCGUGGCGGCUGUCCACUAGUCAAACACCGCACGGUCAAACGGCAAAGAUGGAUCUGAAAAAGCAUCCAGAUUGUAUCAGUGCUGGUGGCGGUUUCGGUCCAGUGGCCGACGAUGGUUAUGGUGUGUCAUACAUUGUGGCUGGUGAAGACCUCAUUUUCUUCCACAUUUCUUCGAAGAAAUCUUGCGGUUCAACGAGUUCGGAACGUUUCGCGCAGCAGAUCGCUCGAGCGCUGGCGGAUUUGAAGCACCUGUUUGAACAAUACAAAACCCAGCAGCAGAAGAACGUUACCAACGGAACGGCUAACUAGAAACGUUGGCCCUUCUCAGUUCUCGGAUAAGUGGAUGAUGUGCGAUGCUAGGCACUAGAACUGAAUCCACACAAACAACAUAUCCACCGUCUACGUGAAUAGUAGAUUACCCCAGAUGCCAGGCUGCAGGAACCAUUAUUAUGUAUCCGGCUAAUUUAUGCAAUUACAACUAUGUCUGUUCUUUUAUAGAUAGCUAUUACUUAUUUUAGGUACUGAACUGUAAAGUUAUAUAAUUUAGAUAGAUCUUUUACAUGUUAAGUUUCGAAGAUGAUGUUGAUAUUAGAAUUUAGUUCUUAUAGAAAAAGCUGAGCAAACAAUAAAUCAGUAAGCAAAAGGCACAUCCAUCUAAUACAACCCCCCAAUUAUUUAGUCUUUGGAUUUUGACCACGAAAGCAAUGAAAACCGAGAAACUUUAUUGUAAUUAGACUGUUGUAUUAUAUUAGUUCAAUAAAACAACUAAACAGAAGGCAAUCAUUUUCCUUUCAGGGGUACUUUUAGGGGUUCAUUUUUCGGCGAUAACCACAACCCGCUUUUGUUUUCGGUGAUUGAAAAGUUUUUUACUCGAUCUAGCUUAAAUUGAAUUAUUCUACUAUUAACGGCCGAAACUAAUUGAAUGAAAACUCAUACCAAAAAAAAAGAAGAAACUAGAGUCCGGUAUCCUCAGGGAAAAACGGUUUUACGAAAAAAAAAGCCAGCAACUUUUUUGGAAAUAUCGUGGUCACGUUCUGGAAAUUGGCGCAAGUAAGACAAACAAUCAAUGCAAUUUACCAAGAGAAAGCAAACUAUUGAUGGUAACUUAAAUGUAUAUGAUAUUUUAGUGAAAUGUAUAAGAUGUUCAGCAGAUUAUAUUUUGUCAAAAGCGAGUUAAUGAAAAUUAAACAGUGAGCACUCGGAUGUACGAAAUGUGAGGUUUGAAUCAAUAAAAUAUCAAUAAAAGGAAAACACUGUUAAUUGUAA